AUGGAGGGCGAGGUCAGCGACCUAGUCACCUUCGGUGAUAUCCCGGCCGCCAUCGAUGGGACUUUCUACCGAGUUAUGUGUGAUCCAUUCGUGCCUCCAGAUCCCAACAAUGUUCCCCUCGAUGGUGAUGGCAACGUUUCGGCAUUUCGGAUUCUCAAUGGGCACGUUGAUAUGAAGAUAAAGUACAUCGAGACGGAACGCUAUAAGCUUGAGCGAAGUGCCAACAAAGCGCUAUUUGGCCUCUACCGAAACCCUUUCACACAUCAUCCUUGCGUGAGAUCUGCCGUUGACUCGACUGCAAACACGAACUUGGUCUAUUGGGCCAAUCGCCUGCUGGCUCUGAAAGAAAGUGCUCUCCCGUACGAAAUAGAUCCGGAUACUCUCGAGACAUUGCGCUAUGAUCCAUUUGGAAGUCAGAUCAAGGCGAAGACGUUUACGGCCCACCCAAAGAUCGAUCCUUACACCAGCGAGCUUGUUGUCUUCGGCUAUGAAGCCAAAGGCCUCGCCACCAAAGAUAUAGUUAUAUAUUCCCUUGACAAGGACGGGAAGAAACACGACGAGCAAUGGAUUGAAUCACCCUGGUGUGCCUUCAUUCAUGACUGUGUUAUCACGCCGAACUGGAUUGUUCUCGUACUCUGGCCAUUUGAGGCCAAGCUGGAGCGUUUGAAAGCUGGGAAGCACCACUGGGCCUGGAACUACGACUUGCCAGCAACCUUUAUAGCGGUUCCAAGGAGGAAGAGUACUCAACUACCGGCCGGUUGGAAACAAGGGGAGUACAGGGUAUACUCUUGGAAAAAUUGUAUGACCAUUCAUACAGGGGGCGCAUGGGAGGGAAAAGAUGGAAUGGUCUAUUUCGAGUCAUCCAGGGUUCAUGAUAAUGCGUUCCCUUUCUUUCCACCGGAGGACGGGAAGAUGCCAGCCCCGGAUGCUAAAGCAGAUUUCGUGCGCUGGGAAAUUGAUCUGAAUCAGCCUAGCGGAUCUACCGUGUCGGACCCGCAAGUUAUUCUCGAUGUACCUUCAGAAUUCCCUCGCAUCGAUGAGCGAUUUAUGACGGGCGAUCAUGAAUUCGUUCUUCUAAAUGUCUUCAUUCCCGACAGAUCAGAUGGGGGCAAAAACAUUUUCCACGGACUGAAUGGCCUUGCAAUGCACAGUCAUAAGUCUAACCAAACCCGCUGGUUCUACGCCGGAGAUGAUUCUCUUGUACAAGAGCCGAUCUUCAUCCCCCGUACUUCCAGUGCACCUGAGGGCGACGGAUGGGUUAUUUGCAUGGUCGAGCAACGUGCUGCCAACGGGUGUCACCUCGUCAUCAUCGACACCAAGGAAUUCGAAAAACCUAUUGCGAUCGUUCAACUUCCCCUGCAUGUCAAGGCGCAGGUGCACGGAAAUUGGGUUGACGCGUCCCUUCUUUCCAGGAAGGCGAGUCUUGUGAGAACGAUCACUAAGCCUGUCAUCAGUAAUCAGGGAGCCCUGAUGCCGCUGGUCUAG